UUAAGAACUAGACACAUAACUAACGUUAUUUUUAUGUAAUAUAAAAUAUAUUACAUAUUCAGAUGUUACAAAUGAAAGAACAUAUCCGCUUAUAUUAGUUUCCGUAAGAAUCCAAACACCAAAGAUAUAUACAGCCUGUUUUGUAAUCAUCGUAUAUGUAAACAUCUUCGAUCUUUAAUAGCAUCUUUACUUGAAUGACGAAACCAAAAUCAUUGGCCCAGACUGUUGAGAAAGAAUGUAUGAAUUCAUCAAAAGCACAAUCAAUUGGUCCUUGGAGUGCGUUUCUAGAAGACUGGAUAAUUUAUGAAGAAAAUAAUUCUAGUACUAAAGAUUCCAGGAUUUUAAAACUUGAUAAUACAACUAUAAGAAUUACUGCAAACAAAAUCUCUUAUCACAACAAACGUGAGAUCUCUGAUAAUGAUCUUUAUCUACUGGGAGCAAUCGAGAAAUUAGUAUAUAGAAUAGAUUUAAUGGAAAGACGUUUAAAAAAAACAGAGGAACUUUUAUAUUCUAUUGUAUCUGACUAUAAUACAUCUAAAGAUCCUUGUCCUGAAAAAUAUGUACGGAUUGGUCAAUUCUGCUAUUACUUCAGCAUUCAUGAAUAUAACUGGAAAUCCUCAGCGAAUUUGUGUCGUGGAAUGGGUGGUAACUUGGUAGAAUUUGAAACAAUUGAAGAAAACCAAGAUGUAAUAGCAGUUUUACAGAAUGAUACUAAAUUAAAAAAUAAGGAUUAUUGGACAGGUGGCUUAAAUCCUGGACUUUUGUGGAUUUGGACUGCGAGUGCAAGGCCAAUUUAUUACGAUAUUAUGCAGAAUAUCAUAGAUAAUGGCAGAUGUCUUAAACUUGAAUAUAAAACGUCAAAUAUAUAUAUAUAUAAAGGAGAAGAUUGUGGUUCAAAGCACAGAUAUAUUUGUGAAUUAUCGAAAUAUAAUGAAUCAGCAAAUAAAAUUGAUUUAAUAAUACAAAAAAUAUUAAUU